AUGAAGUUUCAGGAAGCACUGGCUUUUUCUGUGUGGAUUUACUUUCAACUUAAGGACAGAACUGCAGAUCUAUUUUGUGUUGCCUCCAAAAAGAAAAAUACUUGGCAUCCAUUUUUUUUCAUUAUAUCAGAGCUAAGCUCACGAAAACACGGAUGUAAGUUAAAUGCCACCACAACACCGUACCCCACAGAAUCAGGAAGUGAUAACGCUGUACUGUUUUAUCUAGACAGGCCGGAGUACCCGUGUUACAGAUCCUGUGAUCUAGUUGAAUUUGCUUGUGAUAAUGGAAACUGCAUUCCGUGGCUAAAUAAAUGUGACGUCAUAGACGACUGUGGCGAUGGAUCUGAUGAGAAAGAUGACAUGUGUAACAGGUGCACGGAAACUCAGUACAAAUGUUAUUUUGAUGACAACUGUAUAAGCAAAUCCAGGAAGUGCGACGGAAGAAAGGACUGUUCUGAUUGGUCAGACGAGAGACCAACACUCUGUGGUGGGGAUUGUUCCUAUAGAACACAUAUGUUUCAAUGCGAUAAUAAUAUAUGCAUUUAUCGGAAUCUCACAUGCAAUGGAAAGAACGACUGUUUUGAUUGGUCGGAUGAAGUAGGAUGUCCAUGUGAUCAAUAUGACAAGUUCCAGUGCCUCAACAAGAAAUGUAUCGACUCCAAACUACUGUGCGACGGCAACAACGACUGCGGAGAUUUUUCGGACGAAAUACACUUAAAAUGUCAUAAGAAAUGCUUGACGUUUUAUCAGAGAUCCUGUAACAAUGGGUUGUGUGUUAGAUUCAGCUCUUACUGUAACGGAGGUAACGACUGCGGGGACUACUCAGACGAAUCAAACUGUGAAGUCUGCCACAGAAACCAGUUUAGAUGUGAACGCAGCAGGAGUUGUAUUCCCUUGUCAUGGAGAUGCAAUGGCGCUUCAGAUUGUCCACAUGGUGAAGACGAAGUAAACUGCAAAAGUGUAAAUCCAAAUAACUUCAGAUGCGGAAGUGGAGAAUUUGUCACGCAUGACUUGCUCUGUGAUGGCUUCCAAGAUUGCAAGGACUCAUCCGACGAAGAGCAGUGCGAUCCGUCAAUCAAAGUCAUUCCUGGGAAGUAUGGCCCCGGAGAGUAUGACUGCCACUGUAACGGACCUUGUCAUCCCGGCACGGGGGCGUGUCUGAGCACCUGCUUACAAGGAUGGGCAGGGCCUACCUGCCAAAUUAGAGUAAUUCCAUUUCAAAUGCCUAUUCAGAACAGUGGACAUAAAAUCAUCCAAUCACCUUUAAGUAUUGAUGGUGACGUCAGAACAUGUUCUCCGCCCGCCACCGGAACCAUUAAUGCGUACUGGGAAGCGAACAUAACAGAGUACACUCAAAUACGACGCAUUCGCGUCUAUAACCCCAGAGAUGUGAGUUUCCUGGUAGGAUUGGCCCAGAGAUUAACUGUCCCCUUCUGUAAGGUCAAUUACACCAACCUGGUCAGUGAGGGACACUUUGACAUCAUCUGUGACCCCGGGACCAAACGUCGGAAUCUCCUGCUACUGUCCAUACCUAAGGAGGAUCAUUAUGCAAUUAUGCAAAUUUGUGAAGUUCAGAUUAUUGUGUGUUCUAACCAAUCUUUCGGCGGACAGUGUGAGAAAACCUGCAAUUGCAAGGGACCGGAAGGAUGUGAUGACAUAAAUGGGACAUGCGCAGAUGGAUGUUUAUCAGGCUGGCAAGGACAACAUUGUACAGAAACAAUUCAUAAAGAUCAUGUGACAGUGUUAUAUGGCUGUGCUGUAGGUCAUGUGACAGUGUUACAUGACUGUUGUACGUCAUGUGACAGUGUGAUACAUGUAUGA